UGAGAGACUGGCUGCUGUUUGUUGUAACGUGACAGGGAUGAGACACGUCAGUCUUCGUUCUUUUACUGUUUAUGGAGCGUGGGGACGGCCGGACAUGGCUGCAUACAAGUUUGCAGACAAGAUACUAAAUGGAGAAAGUGUUUCAGCGUUUUACGCAAAUGGAUCGGUGAUGGUUGAGCUUGACUUCACAUAUGUGACUGACGUGGUGGAUGGAAUCACAGCAGCAAUGAGUUACAGACCACGGCGAUGCGACGAAGUUUUCAAUCUCGGUCGUGGCCAUCCUGAACCUCUUACUUCUCUUGUUCCAUUACUGGAAAGAAUUCUUGGCAUAUAGGCAGUUGUUAAUGAGUUAUCUCUACCGCCAACAGAAUUGCUACAAACGUAUGCCGACAUUAGUCACUCUAAACAGGCGCUUGGCUACAACCCAAAAAUUAGUCUUGCAGAAGGCAGUAAGCUUUUUGUUGACUGGCUGUUGGAGUAUCGUAAAUCGAGACAAAAGGAGAUUCAGUCUUCGAUGCCGUCUGCAUCUCAGAAAUACUGGAGUGGGCUUGUUGAACAACAAAUGCUGCGUAAGUUACGUCAAAAGGAAGAAGCCGUGGCAAAGAGAGUCAGGAAGCUGAAACUGCAUAUCAGUGACAUUCGUCAAAGGUUUAUUCAACAUGCUAAUAAGAAUAAGAUUCCAUUGCCAAUCAUCGUAAAGUCAGAUUUCAUCUUCUAUGAAGGUAUGACCUCACGAGGCUAUGAUUUAGUGAGAUAUCGGGAAAUGAAUAGAAAUACUGAGAUGCUGAUGAAAUUUUGUCAAGAGUUGGAUAGAUGUGUUGCAUUUACUACCGAUGGCACACCGAAGACAAGAGUCGUGUCAAUAGAAGCAAUGAUUGGUUCAUCAAGGAGUGAUGACUCUGGGCUUGGACUUUAUAUUGAUGAUAUCGAUGUGUGUGCGGCUGACCUACGUUCUUGUUCUAAAACUGCUCACUGUGUCUCAGAAGGUCCUGGGAAGUAUACCUGCAUUACCCUGCUGGUCAUUGAGGUGACGAUUGUGUUUCUCGGCUUAGUAAUGACGUGCAAUAUCAAGACGACAUAACUGAAGACAAAGACAAUGUUGAAGAAUGGGAACAAUUGAAGAGAAAUGCAGAAUUUGUGUUUUUUGAGGUAUACAUGAAUGUGGAGUGUAGUAACAUUAUCUGUAGGGUGUGGAUUCUCCAGUUGGUGAUUAUCUGUUUGCUGACCAACACAAGGGUGAAAAUGAGGCUUUGAAACAGAAAUGCUUAGAGACUAGAGACUGCUUAGGUUUUACUACUAAUGGUAUGUUGAAGUCAUCAGUGCAAUGGGGAGCUGAAUGGACUGCUACAACUGCAUCAAAGGGUGAAGGUCUUUUCAUUCUUGGUAAAUCUUUUGGGAAGAAAAUGCAUUAUUUUAUAUUGACGGUUUUUAUAGAUAUUGACUAUUGCUCAUUGAAAGUCAAUGAUUGCCCACAGUUUGCACACUGUGAGCGCUUGGGAGCAGGCAAUUAUAGCUAUGUGUGCGAACCGGGUCUUGUUACGUCUACCGUGCAAAACAGUGGUCGAAAGUCUUGUCUUCCCCUCGAAACAGCAACUAUGAGUAGCUACUUCGGCCAUGGAGAAUGCUGUGACCAAGAAGGUGGAGAACAGUGUCAUGUUCCAGAUGAGUGAAAUUACUAACAAUUUAUCAAACUAUUGAAAUUGAAACAUAUGAUGUUUUAUUAAAUUAUUGGAACUCUGAAGGUUGUAUUUAGAUUUAUACAGAAUCAAUAAAGAAGAUAACUUUAUUGAUUAAUAUAUCAACGGA